UGACUCUGUGAUCAGUUACAAAGGAUGCCACCAGAGGAAAAACCAUCACAUGGAAGAAAUGCCUGAAAAUGGAGCUGAAUGCAUUUGUAUUUUUAUUAUUAUUCUGUAAAUACUUUUACUUGCUCCAGAAUCACCUCAAUUGUUUUUGAGUGAGAAUAUGUCUGUUUUUGCUAAGAGCAGUUUUCUAAUCAUGCAUGCAUGUGCCUGUAGUUAUAAGGACUUUCCAUUUUUAUUUUUAUUUUUCAAAUAUAUUUGGCUUGACCUGUAGCAAAUUAUGACUGCGAUGACGCGGCCCGCUUGUGUUGCUGGUAAGAGAGACUGAAAACAAUGCCCGACACGCCGCUUUCUUUAGAUAACUUACUCUAAAGUUCUCUUUAUGGCGUUUCAAAAUGACAGACUCUAACUUGAGGAACCAAAGCAACUAUGGGAUCUAUUUUGCUGAAACUUUCAAUGGAUCCGUUCUGCACCAGACAUUUCCAAACGAUAGCAUCACCACAUGCACGAACUUCACAAUGGACUCACAGGUUGUCGGGGUUGGGAUCAUUCUCUCCAUUUUUAUUUUGGUAGCAAUUGUUGGGAACAUUUUGGUUAUCCUGUCUGUGGUGUGCAAUAAACAUUUGCAAACGGUCACAAACUUCUUUAUUGUCAACUUAGCCAUGGCAGACCUGCUGUUAAGCAUUAUCGUGCUGCCUUUCUCUGCAUCUCUGGAGGUUCUGGGAUGCUGGAUGUUUGGCCGGGUUUUCUGUAACAUUUGGGCUGCGGUGGAUGUGCUCUGCUGCACCGCAUCCAUCCUCAGCCUCUGCAUCAUCUCCGUAGACCGGUACAUAGGUGUUAAACACUGCCUGAAAUACCCAAGUAUUAUGACAGAGAGGAAGGCAGUGGCUAUAUUAGCACUAGUGUGGGUAUCAUCCACGGUCAUCUCCGUCGGACCGCUCCUGGGAUGGAAGGAACCGCCGCCUGUGGACGAAAGCAUCUGCAGGAUCACAGAAGAACCGGGCUACGCGCUCUUCUCCUCUCUCUUCUCUUUCUACCUCCCGCUCAUGGUCAUCCUCAUCAUGUAUUUUAGGGUGUACGUGGUGGCCCGCAGGACUACCAAGAGCUUAGAAGCAGGCGUAAAAAGGGAGAGAAACAAGUCGAUGGAAGUGGUCCUCCGGAUACACUGUCGCAGCGUGCUGGAGGACGCGCGGCAGUGCAGCUCAAAAAGCAGCAAAAACCAUCCGUUUCGAAGUUCGCUCUCAGUGCGGCUGAUGAAGUUCUCCAGGGAGAAAAAGGCGGCUAAAACACUCGCCAUCGUUGUGGGGAUGUUCAUCUUGUGUUGGCUGCCUUUUUUCUUCUUUCUGCCGAUGGGUUCUUUCUUCCCGGCACUGAAGCCAUCAGAAACUGUGUUCAAGGUGAUCUUUUGGCUGGGCUACUUCAACAGCUGCAUCAAUCCCAUGAUCUAUCCCUGCUCUAGCAAAGAGUUUCAGCGGGCUUUCACUCGGCUCCUCAGGUGUCAGUGUCACCAAAGACAGAGGGUCCUGCGUCGCUUCUAUGACCAGAGGUGGAGGACAGCUGUCAAGGGAAUGACAAAGGAUCAAAGGGGAGACUAUAAGCCCGGCUAUGCUGUGCAUGAAUGCUAUGGCAACUCUUUGUUACACAAGGGGAAAGGGUGCUCGCUAGGGUUCAAGAGAUGGAGCCUCUUUCCACCACUGCAAAAGUCCUCCUUCCAGCUCAAAGAGAAAGUCAACAAUCUGUCAAAUAAAAUCAAGGGAGGAACAGGAAAAAGUUCCACACCUGCAGUUGGCCGGAUUGAUGUAGUAGAUACAGUCUCUAUGGGGAUUUACAACUCCUCUGAGCAGAGCAGUUAUCAAUUCUAUGAUCUGGCAGACUGCUAUGGCCUGAAAGAGACUGACAUUUAGAGGGCGACCAAAGAAUCCAUUAUUUAUUUUCAAAGGGUCAUAUUGGACCAACAUGCAAGAAAGACUAGUGCAUCAUUUUGUGUUCUCAAAAUAUCUGAUAAUCAAAGCUCGAUUAAGCCGUGGAAUGACAACGAAGGCUUGAUCCCAGCACAAAGAGGACUAAAGCUUUAUGUCAGUCCCUCAUCCCCAUCAUGAUUAUUUAAGUUGUGAGCUGCUAAAAGCCACCUUUUGGAAGUGGACACAAAAGUAGCUAACUCCUUGUACUUAAUGUGACUGCUGUCACUUGGAAGCAAUGUGCAUCAACAUUACCCAGACCACAGUCAACAGGUGUAAGCACUUUCAUUCAGACAUUUAACAUGAGCUUUAUUAUUACUGUUACACCCAUUUCUUUAAAUUUUAUAUCAGACAGUCUUCAUGUCUUUAACUAUUAGCCAGCUGACACUGUGUAGUAACGCCCAAUGAAUGGUGACUGCUUUGUCUGAUAUUCAGCUGACUUUAAACAACAAAAAACAGAAAUGGAUUGAAACAAAUAUUUUGAAUCACUAACAGAGCAAAGUUAGUCAAAAGUGCAAUUUUUAUUGUUGCCAGAAUGUCUGGAUUUAAUCAUAUGUAAUAUGUAGGAAUAAAUUAUGUUACUUGUGCCAUUUUUCUGUUUUGACAAGGCAUUGUAAAGAUAAGAGGCCAGCUAAGAAUAAAGAUGAUACACAGUAUUUAUUCUUAUUGUCAACUUGUCAUUGAUAUGUAGACUUGUUUAAAUAAAAACCCAUGAGUCAACUUGUCCACCUAACUGUAAUUCGCAAUGCCAAGUGAGUGAGUACCAAUGUGAAAUGAACAUGCUUUUUUUGUAUUUUGUGAUGUUAUGUUUGUUUAUGUAAGUUGAAAAACAAAAUAAAAAGGAGAGAAAACAAGUUGAGACAAUUACAGUAACUAAUUCGAUUUGGGAUAAAAAAAAAACUUAAUCUGCCCCAUCCAGCAGAUGUCACUAUUGUUUCGUUUUACCUCCUUCAGCUUCUCACCAUUAUGUCAAAUUUAUGCUUUUGGCAAGCGAUCAUUGUUUGUUUUUAUACAAAAUAACAAUGGAACUGAUGGAAAUAAAUCAAUAUCUGCCUGUAUUAAACAAGGUGAACAUAAUAGUGAGAAUCUGCUGGCUGACAAACAAAUACAAAUAAAGAUUUAAAUAAAGGAAUUAAAAGAGAGUGACAAAUGGACCCACUCACGUAAGGCUAAACCUGCAGGCAAUGUAGAGAAACACAAAGAAAGAGAGAGAGACUCUAUCAAGACUAAUUCAUCUCAAUUGCUUCCUGUUAUUAGCCUCAUUCCACCAUGAGUUUACUCAAGUCUUGACGUAGGGGAAA